AUGGGACGAAUACCAGACCUACCAGGCCAGCUGGUGGAGCGCGGCUCAGCGCAGGACGUGUGGCUUCGUGGACAUGUCGCAAAUCUCUGUGGCUUACCGCACGACCGUUUCCCUGGUGCUCAACCCGUGAGCUUCGCGGAGAGAGAUCUGGACAGGCUUGUGGAAUCCGAUUACUGGGUUUGCGAGAAGUCGGAUGGUGUGCGCGUAUUGCUGGUCAUCUUGACGAACGAGCAUACGGGAGAGCAGUUGGUCCACCUUGUGGAUCGCCACAACUCGUACCGGCGCGUUGAAGGAAUCUACUUCCCACAUUUCGACAACCCAGCCCGCCCUUUGCGGAGUACGAUCAUUGACUCAGAGCUUGUCAUCGAUGUGGAUCCUGCCACUGGCCAGGAAACCCUGCGUUUGUUAUGCUUCGACUGUCUCAUUACGGACGGUACGAAUAUCAUGAACAGGUCCUUGGAAAAACGUUAUGGCCGCUUGAAAAUCCAUUUCUUCGACCCGUAUGCGAAGAUGAAGCAGGAACACCCCGAAGUUAUACAUUCGCACCCCUUCGACAUCAAAGUCAAGGAGGUGAACCUAUCCUAUCACCUCGACAAGGUAUUCAAAGUCGACAUUCCGCGCUUGCAACACGGCAACGACGGAUUGAUCUAUACGCCCGUCGCAACGCCCUACGUUCCUGGCACCGACAAGAACAUACUAAAGUGGAAACCGCCCUCGGAGAACUCGAUCGACUUCAAGCUCGUACUGCGCUUCCCGCCAACCAAGGGGCCGGGGCGACGGAACGAGCCGGACUUCCAUGCGCGCCCGAUCUUCGCGUUGCAUGUUUGGGCCGGAGGCUCGAACUAUGAGCCCUACGAUACGAUGCACGUCACCGACGAGGAGUGGGAGACGAUGAAGGCUUCCGGGGACCAAUAUGACGAGCGCGUUGUCGAGGUGCACUGGGAUGCUGAGCUCGAGAGCUGGCGGAUGAUGCGCUUUCGCGAUGACAAGCCGCAUGGGAACCACAAGACGACCGUCGAGAAUAUCAUCAGCAGUAUCGCAGACGGCGUUGAGAAAGACGUCCUCGUCGCACGGUCAAACCAGGUCCGUGAUGCCUGGAAGGCGCGACACACGCCCGGCGCCCGCCCACCGCCACCCUCCGGUGCCCCGCCGCCGCGUCAGGCCCCACCACCGCUGCAGCCCGCUGCAGCUGUGCGCUCGGUCCCGAGCAUCAGACGAUUCGGGCCGUUGCGGCCCAGCCCGAUGAGCAAGGUCGGAGGGCCCGCCGUGUACGCGGGUUUCCGUCGUUAG